AUGCCGCGCUGGAAGCUGGUACCGCUAAGCGGUCUCGCGGUUGAGCUAACGCACGAUGUGCAUCUCAACAGCUGUCUCCGAAUCGGGCGAAACGUGUCGGGGCCGGAUGCCCUUACACUGCCACCUACGAUGACGCAGUUCAGCGGGAUGCAUUGCCGGGUGUACGCCGACCUCAUCACGGGCACGGUGCAGUGGUAUGUGGAGGACACCUCCACGAACGGCACCUUUGUGGACGGGGAGCGCAUUGCCCGGAACAGCUCGGUGCGGCUGCAGGAGGGCGCCCGACUGAGGCUCAGCUCGCCACCGCAGGAGACUAUCGAUACGGCGGCCAUUAUCCACCGCCGUACACGGCCGGCGCAGCUGGUGGCGGCGGCGGCAGCAGUCAACGACCUAGUCGACGGCGGCGGCGCCGACGACGCAAUGGCCGCCGCCGCCGCCGCCGCGCCUGGUGCCUCCGCUAUCGCACCCAACCGCAAUGUCGCGCGGCGAAUAAACAAUAACACGCCUGCUACCACCGCCGGCGGCGGCGGCGGUGGCGGAGUUACCAUGUCGUAUGGCAUGCCGCCGAUGGGCAUGGGUGGCGGUGGCACUGCCGCCGCCGCCAUAGCCGCCGCGCGGACAUCCUCGGCUGCAGCGGCGGCGGUGCCGAGCUUCUACGCCGGCGGCAUGACGGCGACGCUGGGUGGCGCCGGCGGCGGCGGCGGUGCGGGUGCUAGUACGGAAGUGCUUGUCAACCUGCAAGCGCAGCUUAGAGCGGAAAAGAACGAAAAGGAGGUAGUUAAGCGGCAGUUGGAGCAGUUGCGGCGGGAAUGUGACGAGGCCACUCGCAGUCUGUCGGCGCUGAGGGAGCAGCACUCCUGCCUGGUGGACCGAAGUGCAAACGAAAGGCAGAUGUGUGUGAGCCGUGAGGAAAAUCUUCGCGGUAUGCUGACCGCUGCGGAGGCUCGUGCGGAUCUGGCGUCGCGUCAGGCAGAGACCGCGGCGGAGAGGGCCCGGGGAGAGCUGGCGGAGGCGGAGGGGGCGAGGAGGCAUGCGGAGAGGGAGGCGGCGGACGCCAAGGUCCAGUUGGCGGCCAUUCGCGAGGAGGUUGAGCGGCUGAGCGCGGAGCUGCGGGGGGAGAGGUCGGAGGCGGCGGCGCAGAGGGCGGCGGCGGGGGCCGCUCGUCGGGAGGUGGAGUCGGUGCGGGAGGCGCUGGCGGGGGAGCAGCGGGACAAGAAGGCGGAGCAGGUGGAGCGCGCUGAGCGGUUGCAGCAGCAGCUGGAGGUUGAGAAGGCCUCCGCAGCUGCCGCCCGGCGGAUGGCGGAGCAGCACGAGGCGGAGCUGCGGGCGGCCAGGACGCAGACGGAGGACGAGCAGCGGGGCAGGAGGGCUGCCAUCGAUGAGGCCCUCUCCCUCCGCGUCCAGUUGGAGGACGUGCGGCGGCAGGUGGGGCAGCUGCAGGAGAGGGUGCUGGGGCUGCAAGACGAACUGGCCACCCGCCACCACCGGCUGUGCGAGCUGUCCAAGUCGCAUGCACAGGGGGAGCAGCUUCUCAACGGUCUACACCAGACUCUAGCGGCUAUGACCCACAUGUACUCGACCCUCAGCCAUCAGUACGCACAGGCCCUGGCGGCGGACGAACACGACAUCCCACCGCCGCCAGUGCCAACGGCAGCUGGCGGCGGUGCCGGCAAUGACGUUGCCGCCACUGCCGGUGCCGGCGCUGGCAGCGGCGGCGACGCAAGUGGCCAUGGUCCUCAGGAUCAGCAGCAGCAGCGGCACUUGGGGCCCCAGGGGUGUGUGGGGCCGCAGACCGAGGCGACCUGCGUGGACGAGCAGACGGGGGUGAUGGGUUUGGCGGGUAAUGCCGAGGCGCUGCGUGCGAUCAUGCAGUCGCAGCAGCAGCAGCAUCUGGGGGCCGGCGGCGGCGGCAUGGCCCCACCGUCGCAUCUGGGUCUCACCCACCAAACCGGUACUCUGCAGCUGCACCCGCCACCCGCCACACUGCCCACCGGCUACACAGCCUUUCCGGGCAGCGCAGGUGGUGCCAGUGGCGGCGGGGGCGGCGGCGGCGGCGGCGGCGGGUCAGCGCAGGCCGUCAGUCCGCGCAUGUUUGGCAGCGCCGACCCCAACCUGCUGUUAACACCGCCCGCCGCCGGUCAUAACGGCGUCAACGGCCUCAACAGCCUUAGCGGUAGCGGCGCUGUCGCCAUCGCCGUACAGAACAACAACAACAACAACCUGACGCAGCAGCUCCACCUCAUGCCUCAGCAGCAGCACCACCAGCAACAGCGCCACCACCCGCAAGCAGUUCAUCCUCGACACUACCAACAGCAACAGCACCAAAAACAGCAGCAGUACCCCCCUCAUCAACAGCAGCAGCACCAGCAGGUCUCCUUCUUCAUGUCGCAGCAGCCGCAGCUACAGCAGCAAUACCACCACUCUCAGUUCUUGGGUCAGGCCAGGCAGAACCUGGUGGGUCUGGGAUCCAUGCAGGACGGGACGGGACGCGGGGGCGGCGGCGGCACUGCCACCGCCGCCGUCACUCCGGCGGCGGCGACUGGGUCGCUGCCGGUCGGUCUGGCGUCGCAGCCACUGCAGCACGUCGGCUUUGCAACGCCGCAGUUGCAGCCGUACAAUGACGCGGCGGCGGCCGGUCGCGGCGGGACGCAGCCGGGUCCCGCCGCCUUGACGCCGCUGCAGCAGUUGCCGCUGCCGGCAAGUCAGCAGCUGGAGUUGGGACUGGGUAUGGGGCUGGGGGACAGCGGAGGCGAUAUUGAGGAGGACGCGGAGCGGCGAGAUGUCAACUUGGGUGGAGGAGGUGGCACUGCCGCCGCCACACCUGAAGGGAUGGGCGACGGAUUCGGCGCCACCGCCGCUGCUGCCGCUGCCGGUGAUGACGAGGAAGAGGAGGGUGACGGCUACACGAGCCGUGUGCGCACCGGCGGCAGCGGCAGCGACCGCCGCGACUCUCCAGGUGCCGCUGGGCCAGCGGCCAUGGAUGUGGACGACGCCUGCGGCGACGGCAGCGCUGCCGCCGCCGCAGGUUGUGCUGGCGUCGCACCGCAGGGACUCCGUCCAACGUCAGACCAGGGUCCCCACAACCAGCAACAGCGGUAUGCAACACCAACGGUGGCGACGGCGCCACCGCAACCAGCCCCGAUGGAAAUGGUUGCUUCGGGAGGUAUGUCGUCGCACCGCAACGCAUCCAUCAAGCCAGCGACCGGUGGCAUGACACCGUGUGGGACGACGGCACCUCCUGAAGCGGCGCUGAUCACCGCCGCCGCUGCUGCUGACGCUGGUAGCGGCGGCGCCGGCGGCAACACCUCGGGGCGCGACGUGGUAGCGGCGUGGCCGCGGCUGUUCAGCCGGCACCUCACGCCAACCAAGCAAUCCAAGCACGCCAACGCCAACGCCACUGUCGGCGCCGUGGCCGUGAUGGCGGAUGGCGACAGUGAUACCACUGCCGCUGCCGACGGUGCUGACGCCGCUGGGGAUGGAGCGACGCCCGCCAGCCGACCGCGCUUGCCUAUUGCUGACGGUGACGACAACACGGCCGGUGGGGGGGAAAUCGUUACCAGCGGUGCCGGUGGCGGCGGCGUCAGCGCGCUGGUGCCGGCGGCGGCGGCGGUGGCGGCAGCGGCGGCGGCGGCUGGUCGCGCUGCCAGGGAAGACCAUCGCCGGAGCCACGGCAAGAGCCAGCCGACGGGCUUUAUGUACGACUUGGGCUACGCAGGCGGCGGAGGCGGCGACCUCGCGGAAGACGUCGCUCCAAGAUCCCAGGACCUCCCCUCGCCGCAAGCACCUGCCGGUGGCGGCUCAGCUGUCACGGAUGCGCCGCUAAUGCGGGAGUGGAAGCAGCAGGCGCUUUCGGGGCAGGACUUGGCGGGCGGCAUAUUCCGUGGCACUUGCAGCCAGCAGCAGCAGCAGCUGGCGCAGCAUCUGGGUCUGUCGCGCAGCUUUGCGGAGGGGCAGCGGGACAGUCUAGGGCAGCUGGUGUACGGCGGUACGGCAGGUGCGGGCGGCAGCGGUGGUGCCGGUAUCAUCGGCGGUAUCGGCCUUCCGCCUGACGCCACAACAUUGGGAACGAGUCCAGAACUCCGGCUGGGAAUGGGAGCCUCGCAGGUUCCUCCUCCCGCCGCCACCGCCACCGCCGCUUCACCCCCCCCACCGCCGCUUCACCCCCCCACCGCCACCGCCGCUUCACCCCUGCCGGGUUCGGAGGAAGCGCUGGGCCUUGUGGGGUUGAGGGCGGGUCUUGGCGGGUCGCUGCUGGGGCGUGGAGCAGCCCGACAUGAGUUUGCAUAUCAAUCCCCCCCAGCCGUGGAUGGCAUGGUGGAGUAG